AUGCUUUAUAGGAGUUUUGAUCGAGAGUACAAUAACCAUUUCUCCACAGGUACUUUCAUGCCAAGUGAGUUAGUGGAAAAAGUGAAAGCACAAGAGAAUGAAAUACAAGAACUGUUGCAAAGGAAUAACCAAACUGCAGCCGUCAUUCAACAGCUUGAAGGACAGAGUCUGCAACUUCAGAAUGAGGUCGACCUCAGACGCCAAGAGGCCCAGCAGAAGGAGGACUCGAUUGGGCAACUGGAAGCCAGCAUUCGGAGAGUGAAAGAUGAGACCCUGCAGCUUUUGGCCAAAGGCAACGCCACGGAAGCAGAAAAGGCCUCCCUUCAGGCAAAAACACAAGAACUGAAAGACCUAUUGACUGGGAGGGAAACAAUGUACAGCCAGAAACAGGCAAUCAAGACCCAGCUGGAUCAACAGGUCGCAGAGAGCGGUAGUCUCCAGGCAGCAGUUGAUCAGUUGAAUGGAACCGUCAGAAAUGUAGAGACCCAGAAUGAAUCGCUGACAAGACGAAAGAAGAAAUGUCUACCACGAAAAGAUGAGUCUCUUCAGAUGGAAACAAUUCUAGUUUGCAACGCAAUCUGGAAGCGAAGCUCUGCAAACAAGGACCAUCCUCAACGAGAACCUUAUUCGGGAACAUCGAGAAGCGAGCGCGCCCAGCUGGAAGCCAAGCGCAAGCAGAUGGAGGAGAGAAUCCGCCAGGCAAGGACCACCAAGCAACAGUUGCAAGAUCAACUCCUCCAACUGCAGACGAAGGAGCUGCAACGGAAACACGAGGAGGUACAGAUCAAGACGGAGAACCUCGCAGCCAAAUCCAGACUUCAAAGAGUAGAAGGAGAGAAAGCCCAAGUGAGAAACGCAAUCGCGAAACUCGAGCAGGACCUUCAACUUGCCAGUGACCGAAUCCAACACAUUGAAACAGUGAUUCCUUCCCUCAGACAAAAGAUUGAUGUGGUCACCAGUGGCUUAACACAGAGAAAAAACGAAAAGUUGAAUGCGAGAACUUCUUUAUCACAAAAUGUGAGUGAAACUGAGGAAAUGACCAAACUUCUCACAGCUGAAAAUAGCCAUCUAGAGGAAGAGAUUGAACACGCCAAGGCAGAUGACCAGAGGACCACACAAACCAAAACGGAACUAGAACAAAAAGUGAAUGCAUUGAAUGCCCAGAAAGCAGAAUUGGCAGAAACUUGCAACAAAUUUGAAUUAUAUUCCACAUCUGUAGUGUAUGAACAGCAAGAAUAUUCAAUAAAAGAUCAUUUAGCGCAUACACAGCUGUGGGUACCAUUGAAAGGUCAACAGCAUAGCACAAUCCCUUACAUAUGUGAGGCUGUCAAGAACCGCCCCUGUUAA